UCAAGUUGAGCAGCGUUUAAGUCUGUCUGUAAUUUAUGUGUAAAAAGGAAAAAAAAUUUAAAAAAAAUAUUAAUUUUAAAAUUAAAAUAUAAAUAUAAUUUUUAAUUUAAAAUAAAUUCUAAUUAAAUAAUCUCUGAUUUGUAAAUAGUUUGUGUGUGUACAGUUAGUAUUAAAACAACAAAUCAAAAAAGAAUAAAAUUGUUUUUUUUUUCCGCAUUAAAAAAAAAAAAUCAUUUUUCACAUUUGUAUAAAAAAAAGAAAAAAAAAAUCGACAAGAAUAGCAAAAAAAGAAAAAAAAAAAUUAAAUUCGACUGAAAAUCGAUUUCAGGAAUAAAAACAAAAAGCAAAAGGAGAAGAAUACAACAAAAAAAAAUCUUAAAGCUGAGCGAAAAAAAAUACAUAAAUAAUUAAAAUUUAAAAAAAAUUUUUUUUUUACAUAAAACAAAAUACGACAGAGUGUAAAAAAUUUUUUUAUGUAAAAGUUUCUAAAUAAUCUAAAUAUUACAUAAAUAAAUAAAAUUCUGAUAUUUGAUCUCAAAAUUUCUCUAUAAAAAUGAAGUGAAAAUUUUUCAUAAAAAAUAAAUAAAUAUUGUGUAAUUUGUUCAAGUAAAUAUUCUUAAAUGUAGAAAAAAAAAUUUAAUUAAUAUUAAUAGCAAUUAAUUAAAAUAAAUAAGGUGUAAUUUAAAAAAAAAGUAAAUAAAAUUUGUAUUUAAGUAAUUUAGCUGAAAAUUAAAUAAUCAACCUUUUGUAAUUUGUAAUAAUUUUAUUGUGGAUAAAGGAAAAUUUUUAGAAAUAAAGAAAAAAGUUAUAAAAGAAUAUAGUGAUUUAAAUUCAAAAAUUAAAAUAUUUUAAAAAAUAAAAGAAAAAUUAAGAAAAGAAGCAAAUUCAAAAAAAAAAAUUAAUAAGGCAAUAACAAAUAAAUUUGAAUAAAAAUUUAUCAUUGCCAAUAGUUUAUUGUUUUUUGAUAAAUUGAAUUUGAAAAAUUAAAAAGGAAAAGUGUUUUUGUCCUUUGGGAAUACUUACUUAGCUCUACAAUUUCAUGAAUUUUGUAGAAUUAUAGGAGUUUAUCCAUUCUUUAAAUUUUUUCGAACGAAAAAGAAAGAAUAAAUUUUGAAAAAAAACAGAAACAAAAGUUUCACGUUAUUACACACAAACCAACUACGAAUAAAAUAAUCGCGUUCGCGUUUUUAAUUUUUACUAAAAUAAAAAAAAUAGUGUCUUUUUUUUUUGUAUUUAAAUACGAAUCGCAUACUUAUCAAAUAAAAUAUUUGUAUUAUCGCGUCGUGUUCGCGGCUCGAGAAAUAAUAAAAAAGUAAAUUAAAAAAAAAAAACAAAACAAAUCUUUUAAAUUUUUUUUCUACCCGAAGUUAUAAAAAAAGCCGCCAAAAUAGAGCUGUUAAGCAAUAACAUUAUCACUCAACCACACAUGAAAUUACUUGGUGGUGGUGGAAGUGGUAAUGAUGAUCGUGGUAUUAUAAGAGAAGGUCCAGGACGUACUCAAGAUGAUGCUGCUGUUGGAUAUGUAUUCCAGAGACCACAGCAUCCCCAUGAAGUCGAAUUUCCUCAAUUCACUCAAAAACAACCGAGAUGGACUUCUGGGGAUGAUCAUUCCAUUGAUAAUCAGGAUAAAUGGAAAUAUAAUCCAAUGGUAAAUGCAGCACCCGGUGGUGCUGUCGGUCCAAUCGGUAUGGGUAGCGGUGGUAUGGGUGGUAUUGGCGGUUGUGUUGGUAAUGGUGCUAAUGGUAUGCCACCAAUGGGUAAUGGUGGUAUGGCUGCAGCAUUAGGUAUGUCAGCUGCAAUACAUCAACAUCAACAAAAUCAGCAAAUGCAACAACAACAACAGCAACAACAACAUUCUGGUUUAUCAAAACAUCCCCAAAUGUUAAGUGCUCAUUUACAACAGCAACAACAACAACAGCAGCAACAGCCACCACAUCCAUCACAUCAACAGAUGGCAAAUCAUUUAGGUCCCGGUAAUCAUUUAAGUUCAAAUCAUUUGGGUUUAAGUAAUCCAAGUCAUGCUGGUUUACAAAUACCAAUGCCAACAAUACAAGGUAGUAUUUAUGAUCAUGUACAUCCAUCAAUAAAUAUGAAUGGUAUGCCGAAACCAAAUGAUCAACAACAGCAAUUACAACAACAACAGCAGCAGCAGCAACAACAACAGCAACAACAGCAGCAACAACAACAACCACUUGUUUAUUUAGGUGGGCAACCGCAUUUAGGUAUGCUUGCACCACAAAAUCAAUAUAUGAAUGCUGCUAGCCGUAAUGCCGCUGCGAUAACUGCAUCGACUGCCAAAAAAUUAUGGGAAAAAUCUGAUGUUAAAGGACCAAGUGUUAGUGGUCCUGGUGGUCCAUUAAAUCCAUUGCAUAUACCUGGUGUUGCUGAUCAUUGGAAAGAUUCAACAUGGUCGAAUCAAGGAGAAAAUAUAUUAGCACCACCACGUCCAAGAACAUUUCCACAGCCACCAGAUAAUCAAAGUGGUAGUGCUGGUAUUUUAAGCCCCAGAGAUUCAACAAGCGGCUUAGGUGUUAAAAUGGUCGAAUAUGUAUUGGGUGGUUCACCAACAAAUAAAGAGAGUCCAUUGUCAAGUCUUGAGCCAAGACUUCGUGCUUUAAAAUUCGAUGAUGGUGAUAAGAGCCAUGAUGAUAAAGACAAAGCAAAUUCUCCGUUUGAUUCAAAUGGUUUAAAGAAAGAUGAUCAAGUGAAUGCCCCAAAUGGGGUUAUUGUAAAUGGAAUCGAUGAUGAUAAAGGAUUUAAUCGAACACCAGGCUCACGUCAACCAUCACCAGCAGAAGAAUCUUUACAGAGACCACCAGCACUAUUAGAUCCACAAACUCAUGCAUUUCAACAGCAUCAUGCUCAAAUGUUUAAUGCAUUAAUGGAACAUCAAGGUGGUCAUCAACCACAAAUGAAUUCAUUUCCACAUCAUCAAAUGCCACCAAUGAAUAAUCAAUUACAGCCUCCAAUGAUGAAUGGUGUAGGUGGAAUGCAGGUACAGAGUCCAAUGAUGAAUCAACAACAGGGCCCGAAUCAGGUCGAAUCACCAGCAAAUUUAUUGCAACAACCGCAAAAUUUUGAUGUACAGGUAAAUAAAGUGUUACGAAUAGAAUUAAAUACUUGGUAAAUAAAUAAAAAUUUUUAUUAAAUAAUUUACUAAAUUAAAUUCACUUUUAUUAAAAAUGAAUCACAGAACGAAUUUUUUCUCAAUAAGAAUCAGGAAUCAAACA